UGGCAUGGACACAGGUUGUUGAGAAGAAGCUGGACCAGGGUGCUACCCAGACAUGCGAGACUAGUGAGGAGGCUAUGGACUAAAACCUUCUAAUAACACGACAGGACCGUAUUCACAAAAGUCCCACUGAUCUAAUGAUUAAGGGCCCAUUGUGAAGGAGAUACCCACCCCUACCCACGACACCUGAGCCAGUGUCUGCCACUUUGGCUUUUAGUCUUCGCCUCUUUGUUUUACCCCCUUGAUUUGAGAUGAGCUAACGGAGCAGCGUGCUAGUGAGGCUUGAUUUGAUCUUGGGGUCUGCGUGGUUGCGAUGGACAGAUGGAUAGCAACCGUUUCCUGCCCAGCCUAUCCCUGGGGCCUUGACACCACAUAGUCACAAGAAGUGGCAGCGGUGAGCGGUGAGAACUGCACGUACUGAUAGGAGGGCAUCUCGGCUCUUUGAAAGCUCCACUACCCAUAAGCAAGCUGAGAGUGCCAAAGCUAACAGUCUGUGGCCUGUCAUAAGAGGCUGACCUGCCGUAUUGCACACAGCCACAAUGCAGGGACGGGCCACAUGUCACAUGGGUAAACCUCGCAUUGCCUCCACCACGCCACAUCGCCUCUUCGGGUGUCUGUCUGCAUAGCAAAUUGGACUCUCCAUGGAAUUAAUUUGACACCGCAUGUGCAGACAACCAAAGGCUCUGACACUGCUGUGCGCCCCCUGUUGUUAUCAGUGUCAUUAAGCCGUGAGGACAGAGAGUCCGGGAAUAAUGGAGGUGAACAUUACAGCUUCAACUCCCCUUGUGGAGUCUUAUACAGUCGUGCUCUCCGUCACAAGCUUGUUGAUCUCUGCCGUUUUUGGAGCGGCAGCCAGCAUGACUAUCUUCGUGGCGCUGUGUGCGUCCAAGUCAACACGGAAGCUCCGCUACUCCUUGUUUGCCAGUGUACUGGUCGCUAACCUGUUGUUUGCCUGUGUGUGGGUGCCAAUGGAGAUAUAUCAGUUGUUGAAAUAUUAUAACUGUGGUACAGUGCUGGCUGAUGUGAAGUUCACGUGCCACAGUCUCUACCUUCUUUUAUUAACUGUUAACGUCUUUAGUAUUCUCCUUAUCAGCGUCAAGAAUCUCACAUGUGUCAUUUAUCGCGACAGGAAAAUUUUCCACCAGAGACUGUUAUUUCUGUUGCUGGUUGGAAACUGGGUGCUGAGUUUUCUUACCGCCGUCACAUACGGGGUGGUGUCAGUGUGUCGGGAAUAUGGUAGCCACGGAGUGCUCUUACACCUGAUGAUGAACACACCAUCGUUCCAAUUUAAGGUCAUCCUCCUCACAUUUCACAGCUUGAUCAUGCUGUUUGUGCUGGCAGUACUUUUGACAACCAAGAUCCCUACGGUCAACACGGAUGACAUCGCGUCAGAAGAAUCCGACACCCAGGGGGAGUUGUCAGCAUGCCUACCCACGAUACAGGAGCCUGUAGAGCCACACCAGGUUGAGAGUAUGUCCAGGGCGUCUACGCCUAGCCCACGCCCAAACAGGCAGCAUGCUGGCAUCACACAGGGAGGAAAUAAUGGUGAAAGCGAAACAACACCUUCAGCGUCAAAGAGGAGGUCAAGUCUGCAGGUCAACUUGGCCAAUCUGCUCAACCGCAGGCGUCACACUAUCUGUCAGAUUGGUAACACGGGUACCAAUACUGACCCCCAGGCAAAGGCGUUACAGUACAAUUAUGUAAGGAAGUUUUCUGUGGAUGUGAUGGCAUUACAGGCCCAGCUGGAGAAUCCCAAGGUCCAUGGAGGCAACUUUCCCUUCUCUAGUGAACAGAACCUCGGAGAACAGGCCAAGAAAGACCUCAAUGGCAGUGUCAUUAAAGAUUCCAAAAUUUCUCUGCCGAGCAUUCAGGAGGCCGCUGAAACUGACACGCUGGAAGUAGCCAAUCAAAUUCCCAAUCUAACAUUUCUCUCACAGCAAUUUGAAAAACGCAAAAGCAGCGGAGAGAGGCACCUUCAGGACAGAGUGAGACAGAUUCGGUUCUGUGUGUUGUUAGUGAUAGCUUACCUGUGCUGCGUGUUACCUGUGUACAUAACGGAGCUGCUCCAUGGGGUCAUCUCCCUUUCUGCGUACAUUAAUGGGGUCACAUGUACGACAGCCCUGUCUGCAUUGCAGAUCAUCAUUUACCCUUACCUCUUCCUGUGUAUGGAUGGCGCCAUCAACAAAACAACGCACAAACUGUUUGAGAACAUUCGGGAGUCCUGGUUUCACAGAACAGAGGCAACUGCAAAGAACACUGUCGUAGAGUCGAAUACGUCCGAAACCAACGCAACACAAGUGUAGGUGACCAUAUAGAGGCAGUAGGACUUUUAAGUGUUUAACUGUAUGUGUAAAUAUGUUGAGUAUACCAAAAAAAAAAAAAGUUUAUGUUGUUAAAUCAACAAAGUGGCUGAACCACUCAAAUGGAUGAAUAUGGGUUAUGUUCAGUGCAAUACCGAGUCAAGUUCCCUUCACCAAAUGUGGAAACAGAAAAAAUGACGUAAUGGGUUAAUCUGAAAAUUUUGGGGUAUAUACUUAUAAAUACUAAAACUGAGGUACAUCUGUGUAGACUGGAACGUGCAUGUUGGUGUCCAAUUAUACCACGAAUGCCACAGACGAUUAGCUCUAAAUAUGAAAUCUUUGAAUUAAUCUUUUACUAAUGAUUUUAUGCGUAGACCAUCUUGUUGAUGCAUACAUGGUAAAAGAGCUGUUUAGUCAAAUUUAUUAAUUCCAUGUCCACCUUGUUUGAAUCGUUUUGCGUCAUCAAAUAUAUAAUCAAAAUGCAAGUAUAUCAAAGCAUGGUAUAUGUUCAAAACUUGCGGGCAAGGCAUUUUUAAGCAACAUGUACAUAUUAACUAUGACAUAUCGUUUCAAACAAUUUAAUAUUCAUAAUAUAAUGAAUGUAACCUUUGUGGCAUAGAGCUACAAAAUGAAUUGCUUAUAACAAGCCAAAUGUUCAACAUAAAUGAGGGAAUAUUGCACUUAAUCACAUGAAAUCAACACAAAUGAGGGGACACUGCACUCAAUCACAUGAAAUCAACACAAACGAGGGAACACUGCACUCAAUGACAUGAAAUCAACACAAACAAGAGAACAUUGCACUCAAUCACAUGAUAUCAUUCCCGGUAUAAAAAAAAAAUGUUUUAUAAAUGUGAUGAA